GUAUAUUGGUCAUCCCAGCAAAGCAAGCAGGUAUAAAAAGGAGUAGAGUAUUCCAUUCCAUUCCAUAACGAUCGAAGCAAAGCAGUGUAGCAGGAGACCUAAUAAGCUGCUUAACAGUCACAGAAAGACAUUCAUAACGCAGAUAGGUUAGAGAUUAUGUUGUUCUUUUCGUAUUUCAAGGAUUUGGUAGGGAAAGAAGUGACGGUAGAGCUGAAGAAUGAUUUGGCAAUUAGAGGAACUCUUCACUCUGUCGAUCAAUACCUCAACAUCAAGCUCGAGAACACCCGCGUUGUCGAUCAAGACAAGUACCCUCACAUGCUUUCUGUGAGGAACUGUUUCAUAAGGGGAUCGGUGGUGAGAUACGUUCAACUUCCUCCAGAGGGCGUGGAUGUUGAUCUGCUUCACGAUGCCACAAGAAGGGAAGCUCGGGGUGGCUGAAAGUCAUUGGAGUAAACCUCUUCAAGUACUUCUCUAGACAUCCGAUGCAAUUGAUUUACUUUAAACAAGCUUUCUUCUCAUUCUGGAGCUGUACGUUAUUACUAGUGAUGAGUUAAUGAACAUUAGACCAUAUAAGUUAGACUUCCUAGCAAUCCGGAGAAAAUGCUAUUGGGUUGAGCAUUGACAAUUUAAUGGCUUAAAGAAGAUGAUUAAUGUGCUAAACUGAAGCUAUUCAUUGCAGAAGAUUGAGUUAAUGGCUGCUUUGCGGGGGGGUUCUUCAAUUGAUUGUUUGUUGUUUUACCUACAAGUUCUACUGUUCUAGGAUAUUAUGCCGGAUGUAAGAAUCUACUUGCUUCAUAUUUCUCAA